GUCAAGAUGAUUAGCAAAGUAAUUGACGUUGUCAGUGUUGUGUUCACAAGUCAGUAAAAUACCUUUUGGAUAGCUAAAGAAUCUAGGAAUUUGCCACGAAAACACACACAAAAAAAACCAACAAAUAUUUUACUGUCGACUGCCGACAGCCAAGUUGACCACUUCCACGUUUCCAACUUCCCAACUGACCAAUUCCUGGAUUUGGGUAAAAUCCUGAAUUGUCAACUCUCCAUGCAGAUUCACCUCCUUUUUUCCCUCACAAUCAUACACUAAUAUCCCGCGUGACAUUAAUGAACACAACCAAACCCUCUCAACUGUGACUCUGCCCCCAAUUAAAGCAAAUCGCCACACUACUUGUUCCCUCCCUCCCUCCAUUCUUCCUCUUCAUUCCGCCAUUAUCACUCCCCCUAUAAACUCCUCCACCUCUUCACAUCCAAACCUACAUUGCAAUCUCUCACUCACCAUUCCUUCCCAUCUCUAGCCAUGGCCGCCGCCGUAGCCUUGGUAGCACUAGUAGUCCUCCUCCUCCAGCAACAACAUUGUGCCAUUGGACAACAAGUCCCCGGCUACUUCAUCUUCGGCGACUCCCUCGUCGACAACGGCAACAACAACCAGCUCCAGUCCCUUGCCAGAGCCGACUACAUGCCCUACGGUAUCGACUUCCCCGGCGGCCCCUCAGGCCGCUUCUCCAACGGCUUAACCACCGUCGAUGUCAUCGCCGAGCAAUUGGGAUUCGACGACUACAUCCCGCCGUACGUGACGGCGAGCGGGCAGGACGUUCUGGGAGGUGACAGCAUACUCCAAGGGAUAAAUUACGCGUCGGGCUCCGCCGGGAUCCUCGACGAAACCGGCAAGCAUCUGGGAAAGAACGUGCCAUUGGGGACACAGGUCCAGAACCACCAGAAAACAUUCUCCAAGAUCGCGGCCAUGAAGGGCGGCAAAGACUCGGCAACGAAACACCUCAACGGUUGCAUAUACUACAUGUCGAUCGGUAGCAACGACUUCCUCAACAACUACUUCCUUCCCAAGCAAUACAAGACCAGCAAGCUGUACUCCGUCGAUAAGUUCACCGUUCAUCUCGCCACCACCUACCGUGACAAAAUCAAGACUCUGCACCACUACGGGGCGAGGAAGAUAGCCGUGGUCGGGGUCGGGAAGGUCGGGUGCGUCCCCCACAUGAUGGAUAUGUUCGGCACCAAGGGCUCCAAGUGCAUUCAGAACGUGAACUCGGCGGCGCAGAACUUCAACAAGCAGCUCAAGAAGCUCGUCGUCGAUCUCAACAAGGAGCUCAAAGACGCCAAGUUGAUCUACAUCAACUCUUACGGGAUGAGCGAUGGGGAUCCCACGAUUCUAGGUUUCAAGUACAUAACCAGUGGAUGCUGCAAAUCGAGAGAAGAUGGACAGUGUGUGGAAGGCGAAACUCCUUGUUCGAACAGAAAGGAGUACGUGUUUUGGGAUUCGUUUCAUCCGACGGAAACCGGCCACAAAGCCGUUGCAGACCGAACUUACAAAUCCUUGCUGCCUUCUGAUAGCGACCCGUUCGAUCUCCACAGCCUGGCCGCUCUCGAUAUAGGCAAGCAGUAACGACAGAAGAUCUAGAAAGGUGUUAAAAGUGGGAGACGUGCUGAGGAGACUAGUGAAAGAGGACUCGAGCUAUAAUGUAGAGCUUUUUUUUAUGGUGACUUUAAUUUGUACUUUCUUUCCUAAUAAUAAGGAAGAUUUUGGAUUUAUGGGGUUUGGAAAGGUUAGUGAAGCAAACUGACACCGAUUGAUUUCUAAGAAAUAACUUUUGUUACACAUCUUUCAUUAACUAAUUAGAGAGUUACAUGGUCACAAAUGGGAC